AUGACCAUGCCAAGUGCCGAAAAGAAACCGUUAUCUGACGUCGAGAAACAGCUGUCAACUGACGACCGCGAUGUCAAAGACCUCUGGCAGGAAGCCUUGAAAGGCUAUCAGGGCAUUGUCGGGUUCAGCCUGGAACGCAAAUUCGACAACGUUCAGAGCAUGCUCGACUUCGGAACGGAACAAAUGAACAAAUUCCACAAGUUCAGGCACGACAAGGGCAAGAUUGACCGCCUGAGAACCCUCCUUGCCUCCAACCUGGACUACGUGGAAAAGGGCGCCAACCAGAUCAUCGAGGCAGCUUCUCCAGCGUUUCCCCCGGCCGCGACUAUUGGGACGGCCUUGACCUACAUACUACAGGCCUGUCGUUCGGUCUCAGCGGACUACGACAUUGUCAUUGUUUUCUUCGAAGACAUGAAUAGCUUUCUUCAACGUAUCAGCAUUCUCGAGUCACGACUUCCCCAGAAAAAGGCCUAUCAAAACUGCCUGAUGGAGGUAUUUACCUCGCUUCUCAACAUGUGCGGCUUCGCGCACAAGUACAUUGAGCUUGGUCGUUUCAAAAAAUGGAUCACCAACCUCUUUCAGGGAGAAGAUAGUGAGCUUGGGGGAGCAAGAGCCCUCAUGAACAAGAAAUUGGGUCAUCUCCAACAAGCCACGGAGUUUGCUAUUCUCGGAAACUCUGAGGAAACGCUCAAGAUGACCACACUGUUGGAUGAAAACCAACGAUCUCAUACCCAGAUGCUAGAGAGGUUCGAAAACACUAUGGACAGCAUCAACGAGAACACCGAGAACAUUAAGAACGAUGUCGCCAAGUUACUCAAGUUAUUUGGAGGACAAACGGAAGAAAGCCAGGCGAACAGUGACCUGCUAGGCAGCGCAUCGUCUGUAAAGAGCGUCCAGGACGCUCAAGAAUCAGGAGACAAAACACUAUCUGCCAGGGCCAUUCGAUAUUUUAUACCAGGGUUAGGACGAAACAUCGAGGAGGAAUUUAAAGCCCUGAGGGAAACACUUCUGCCAGACUUUUGCAACUGGGUAUUUUCAGAGCCAAGCUGGAAUGAUUGGUUGGCAAUGAAGGACGGAGAACGCCCCGUUUUUGCAAUUACUGGCCAGCCUGGUAUUGGAAAGAGUCAUCUGGCAGUGGCCCUUUACGACAAGCUCGAAGAAAGGGCCAGAGAGGAUGAAACGGGACACACCUGUGUCGUUCACUUCUACUUUCGUGAGGAAGACGAUGUGUUCUGUUCUUUUCUCAGCUGCAUGGUAUCAAUUGUCAUCCAGAUUGCAGAGACUAGCAAUGCUGCCUGUGAAAAGCUGAAAGCACAGCUUGCGAGAGAUGACAUCAACAUCAACAACCGCCUUUGGCAACACCUUGCAAUCUUUUUGCUCAAGCCUCUCUUCGAGCAAAACUCCAAGUUCAAUCUCUUUAUCGUGCUCGACGGAUUGGAUGAGAUGCGCGAUUGGAAUGCCUUCAAGGAGUUUCUGUCCAUGUUCGUCACAGAGAAAAGGCUGAGAAUGUCGCUAGUGGUUACCUCUAGACCUGAACGCUUGGAAGACUUUCCGAAGGACAUCAGACUGCUUCAAAUUGAAGCCACCAAAGACAAGCAGCGACAAGACUUUAAGGUGUUGAUAUGGCAUCGUAUCAAUUCCCUUGGUUGCUUGAAGAAAUUCUCCCGAUACGUUAAGCAGCGGGUUGCCGUUGCGGUGGAGGAAACGUCACCAAACAUGCUAUAUGCGGAACACAUGCUCACCAAACUGGACAGUCUUGGCCGCGAGGGCGCCGUAUUGAAGGCACUUAAUCAGAAUAAGCCUGAUGACCUGAAUGACAUCUACGAAGGCUUAUUAUCAGAUUGUCGCCGCCGCACGCCGAUCAGUCACCAACAGAUUGCUGCCUCGAUACUUCAUUGGAUAGCUUUCUCUAAACGAAGACUGACAUUAAAUGAGGUUCAGUCUCUUCUGAGGCAUCUAUCACAGGCAGCAGACUUCAGCCUUGAAGACAUACCUGAAUUCACGUCAAAAUUUCUCAAAGUAGCAGACACAGGCUACGACGCCGAAUUACGAGCAAAGGCGCAAGCUAGUAAAAUCACAAUGGUCCAAGACUUGAAGCAGCAUGGCGGUGACAAUGACGAUAUACGACGAUGGACCUCUUCCUGUGAAGUUUCAGGAACGAUCCAUGAGGCGUUACUUCACAGAUGGCCCGCACGCACCCUCAACAUUGCGUUGGGGUUCCUCCGAAGCUCACCGUCGGAUCUUUUUGAGCAGCACGAAGCUGAACAGGUUGAGGUCCUUGAGGCUUUUGCCGAGGCACUCAGCAACAAGACUGGGUUUUCUAAGAUGAUGGGCAAGGCUGGAAUGACGUAUCGCUACGCCUCAACCACCGUCACUGAUCUCAGAAUUCAAGACUGGGCAAAGCUUGUGAAAAUUCCAGAAGUCAAGGAUAGUCUCAGUGAUUUUGCAGCGGAAUGGUGGCGCCGUGUUGAACAAGAACCCGCCACCUUUCGUCUAGGCCUGGCCAAGGGUUAUCUUCAGGAAUUGUAUCAGUCACUGAGUUUACAAGAUGCUAUGAAGGCAUGGGAAUGUCUCCAGAGCAUCAUUCAAUUGAUUGGUAAAGGUAACCUCCUGAUGGAGCAAGGCCGUCUCAACUUUCCAGACCAAUUCGAAAAUGUCAAAACAUGCGAUGAGACAGAAGUCGUCUUUGAUGAGGCUAUGGCCAGCCUGGGUAUCUUGGGUCUCUUCGUAGAAGAUGUGACUCCAGAUGCAGGCGGUCAUCGUGCGACAGCUGAAGUUCUUCUCAAGACUGGCUACUUGGAGCCGGCUGAGAAGACUUGCAGAACCGCUCUACAGCUUUGCAACCCAAGUAAUCCUGAGUGGUACAGAGCUUCUUCUGUUCUGUGUGACAUAUUGUUACAAGCAAAGAAAAACGAAGAUGCUCACCGGUUCGCUGGUGGUGCAGUCUCUCAGCUCUGGAUAAAGGAGAUUCCUGGGCAUCUGAAGCGUGCUGUGUGUACUACGUACGCCAGAGCUCAAACAGAAUUGCAGAACUUUGAUUCGGCGCUUCAGUACUACACCGAGGCCAAGAAAUCUGAUCCCGAUGGCAUCACCCCAGCAUCCGAUCUUGUUGCAGAGUUGAGUGUCUUCUACCGAAAGGCGGACCAAGCCGGUUAUAUCAAGGCUUUGAGGAGCUGGACCCUUUUGGAGAGGAUCACCUGGUUGGCGUCCAACUACGCGACAGAAGGAGAAGAUCGACUUGCUCUACUCUGUGACAUUGCCGUGCAAACCGGCGAAAAACAAUUCAUCGUUGAGUUUUACGAACAGGCGGUUGCCUUCUUAGACAACCUCGACGCCGACACACCUCUUCGCCUAGAUCUUGCAGUCGUGUACUUCGAGGCCUGCAAAGAUGCCGAGAAGGCUCUGACUACCUUGAACGAGGUAUUCGAUAGCCAUGACACGGUCUUCGUUUACCCCAUCACAUCUGUCACUCCAGUGUGGGUGAUGCGUAUGGCAUUGACUCUGAUGACAAACGUUCAGGUAGAACUCUUUCGGCAGUCGAGGGAUCCGAUCUACAAAGCCGAACGCCUCCAGUCUCUCUCCAGCCUCAUGGAACGCCCAUUGUCACUACAUAUCCCACACAUAUCCCCGAUAGAUACUAUAUCGUACAGGAUCGGCUUGUCCUACAUGUACUGGGUCAUGGGGCCCAAGGCGACAUUCGAAGAAACGCUGCAAAAAUUGUUCAAAGAAAGCUUCGAAGGUCUGAGUGAUUACAUUAAAUGGAACGAUGGUACGUAUGUGUGGACACUUACACAGGCGCUGGCGCUUCUAAGUCGAGCGUUGGGAAAUGACGACACGCUCCGCCGCUACGCUCGUAUCGUGGGUUCUGCUCUACUGUCACGACUUACCAGGUCCCAAGAGGACGAUAACUCAGCGGGUGGGAAGCAAAAAGUCAGUCAUAUAACGGAGGGAGAUGACCAUGAGUCGGAAGACAACUCCCAUGAAGACGAGGGAGACUUGCUGAGUGACUCAUGGUACACGUGCGGAGGCUUCUGUUCCCCAGCCCGCCCCUUUCGGCGGUGGGGAGAUGGCUCGGCGUACUUGUACAUCACUUUUGAGACGGGUAUGAUUUGCGAAGAGUGUCAGACAGAAUGCGACGCUAUGAAGCGCGGCGAAGGAACAGGAAAAGCCCGAUACUUCCACGGCAUCGGGCACGACUAUGUCAAGCUUCCCGUCGAAGGCUGGCGGGGCGUCAAGAAUGGCAUGUUGAGGUUGGAUGGCGAAGAGCCCGUACUAUUCAAUGACUUCUUGAAGAAGCUUCAGACGGAAGUCAUCGAGAAUGCGUGGGAUCGGCUUUGGUCUGGAGAGAUCUAG